AUGAUAAAAAAUAAGGGAAAGAAGAAAAAAGAUGUGAGCAAGUUAAAGAACUCCCCAGGCGCACUAAAGAAAAAGACACCACCCUCGAAAAACGCGCCAACUGAAAAGAAAAACGACAAGCCUCCCACGAUCUUGCGGUGGAUAGAUUUACUGAGAAAUUUAAAGCUGAAGCAACUGAAGAAAAACAUAGACGACGAAAUUAGCAACCAUGAGAUCAACAAAAACAUCAAUGACAAAUUGCUGCUCUUUCUGAAUGACGAGCUGGAGGAGGAAGCCAUUUUUGACAAAAUCGAGGAAUUAAAAAAUGGGAAGCUCAGCAUGCUCGUAGACAUACACAAGGAAAACAUGACUAACUUACAGAGGCAAUUUGAGCAGGACAUAAAUAAACUUUUUGUCCAUUUUGAGGAAGAUCGGGAGAUUCUGGUCAGCAACCGGAACAGCAUCAUCCACAACAUAAAUUUGUUCUACAGCCAGAUUGAACAAAGCCAGAAGACCAGAAAGACGGAACUGCAAAAGGAAGAGUUCGAGCUGCUGGACGAAAUUUACAAAAACUACAUCGCCGAGAGGUACAUCUCCAACUACAAAUUUGAAAAGUUCAAGGAACAGAACGAAACGAGGUUUAGCAGCCUCAUCAGCGAAAAUAAAAAGGCGCUGGAUGAGGCGACCGAUAGUUACAACUCUAUUAAGGAGAAAUACGAGCGGAGUAAAAGUAACCUGUCCACGAAGGAGCGGGAGGUGCACGACCUGGAACUCAAAAUCGACAGCUGGAAAUUAAAGCUGGAAAAUGACAUCAAGAUUUACGAAAUGCAAAUCGAGCGACUGCGAAAUGAGAAGACCCAACUGCUCAACCACAUCAGGGCAAUCAAGAUGAUCCUCCAAAAGUUGAAACAUAACGACAAGCAGAGACUUAUCGACAUCACCGUGAGUUCAAGCAAAUGCAUAAGCGCGUUGGAAGAAAAUAUUUCUCUCGCAAAUAAGUUGAUAAACACGAACAACUUGUGCAGGAGAUACGAAACGGAGCGGGAAAAAAUUGCGUCCAGUUUGGACGUGCCAAGUCAGGAAGAAGUCGGGCCUGUUAACCUGGAAGGGGAUGAAUUAACGACCGACAUGCAGAAGAAAAACGAAGAUCAGGCGCAGCUUCUGGAGAAUUUCUUCAAGAGGAAAAAUAAAACCAUCCUGGACAUAAUCCUUUUAAAGAAAGAGUUACACGCACUCAGGAAGAAGAACAAAGAAUAUAGCAGUAUUAUUGACGAGAUGGAAAAUAAAUUAAACUUAAACAAAAAGGUGAAGUUUAAGGAGAGCGACUUUCUCGUAAGGUCUGCAUUGUAG